AUGGCCGCUCCAUUCACUCCCUCGAAGCAGGCUGCUUCCUCCCUCGAGAACCUCAAGAUGAGCGAUUCACCCAUCAAGAAGCUCGACUUCCAGUCUGCUGGCAAGGAGAACGCGUCUAUCAAGCCCGUCGACGCCACCGCUGAGAAGCCCACCGAGAAGGCCCUUGAGACCAAGCGUGCCCUCACUAUCAAGGAGUUGGAGGCCACUGAGCCCCUCCUCCAAGAGAACCCCCACCGUUUCGUCAUGUUCCCUAUCAAGUACCACGAGAUCUGGCAAAUGUACAAGAAGGCCGAGGCCUCCUUCUGGACCGCUGAGGAGAUCGAUCUCUCCAAGGAUCUUCACGACUGGCACAACCGCCUCAACGAUGAUGAGCGUUACUUCAUCUCCCACGUCCUUGCCUUCUUCGCCGCUUCCGACGGUAUCGUCAACGAGAACCUUGUCGAGCGUUUCAGCUCAGAGGUCCAGGUUCCUGAGGCUCGUUGCUUCUAUGGCUUCCAGAUCAUGAUGGAGAACAUCCACUCCGAGACAUACUCUCUCCUUAUCGAUACCUACAUCAAGGAGCCCAAGCAGCGUACAUACCUUUUCGAUGCUAUUGAUACCAUUCCCUGCAUUGCCAAGAAGGCCAACUGGGCCCUGCGCUGGAUCAACGACCGCGAGUCCACCUUCGCUUCGCGUCUGGUUGCCUUCGCCGCCGUUGAGGGUAUCUUCUUCUCUGGCUCUUUCGCUUCCAUCUUCUGGCUCAAGAAGCGUGGUCUGAUGCCCGGUCUCACUUUCUCCAACGAGCUGAUCUCUCGUGACGAGGGCCUCCACACUGACUUCGCUUGUCUGCUGUUCUCUCACAUGAACCACCGCCCCGAUCCCAAGAUCGUUGAGGACAUCAUUGUUGAGGCUGUCGGCAUCGAGCAGGAGUUCCUGACCGAUGCUCUUCCUUGCGGUCUGCUUGGCAUGAACUCCAAGCUGAUGUGCCAGUACAUCGAGUUCGUCGCUGACCGCCUGUUGGUGGCUCUCGGCAACAAGAAGUACUACAACUCCACCAACCCCUUCGACUUCAUGGAGUCCAUCUCCCUGGCUGGCAAGACCAACUUCUUUGAGAAGCGCGUUGGUGAUUACCAGAAGGCCGGUGUUAUGGCCAGCACCAAGCAGGAGGUCAACGCUGAGGGCGAGAAGGUCGCCAGCGGCGGUCUCAACUUCGACGAGGACUUCUAA